AUUGAUUGGUUGAUUUAUUAUCCAAUGUGAUUUGAAGGAAGUUAGGGCUUGGAACAACUCAUUCUUUACGUGCACUUUCCUCAAUAAGCAAUGCUGAUUGAUCAUUGCCGUCAUGCCAGAGGUGGGGGAUUCGGAGAAUAGUCAUAAAACUGUGACGAGAAAUUAUCAUGAAAGGACUUCUCUUGCAUUACUUCUUUUGAGUUAUUCUCCUAAAUUCUUCUCCUUCAACGCGUGAACCUACCAAAUCGCAAAUCAAUAUGGCUGAUGCUCCAACCUGGGGCCCAUUGCUUUACCAACCUCUGGCUGCCGAUGAGGUUCGUGUCCUGUGUCUCGAGCCAACUUCUCAUUCACAUCCUGAUGAUUCUGCCAUGAUAUCAUGUCAAAUGCGCCCGAUUAGGCUCAAGGAGCUGGGUGUAUCUCCCGCAUUUGUCGAGAAUGAAACUGCAACUGAAAGGGAGUGGAAGGCCCUUCAGCAAACUCCAUACGAUUACACGACACUAUUCAAACCUAGAAGAGGACUUUUUGAUCGCGCUCUGAAAGGAUAUAUCCAGUCUUUGAAGGGGAGUCGAGGCAGUUUUCAUGAGACUGCUGCACCUGCUGAGAACUCAUCCCACCUCUCGGAUAGAUAUGUUGCACUUUCAUAUGUCUGGGGAAGUCCAGCGGACAAAAAGACAAUAUUGGUCAAUGGGAUUGAGAUGCAGGUCACUCAGAAUCUACAUACUGCUUUAGUUCAAUUGCGAAGGUCAAAUUGGGUUAGACGUCGUGUCAACUUAUGGAUUGAUGCAUUAUGUAUCAACCAAGAUGAUCUUGAUGAGCGUGAGCAGCAAGUAAAGCUCAUGCGAGAUAUCUAUGCCAUGGCAUGGCAAGUGGUGGUCUCUCUUGGUUCGGCAACUUCAAAUACUGCCAUGGCAUAUACAGCUUUACAAUGGUUGGCCCACGAAAUUAGGUCGGAUGACAGGUUGAGGCAAUUUGCUGUUGAUUUCGGGACUUUGCAUCAUAAUACGGCCAGUUCAGUUGAGGCAGCUCCUUACACUCUGCCAUGGCAUGACAAUGCUUUUGAAUCGCUCCGUUUAUUCUUUUUCUGUCAAUAUUGGCAUCGUCUUUGGAUUCUGCAAGAGUUAGCCAUGGCUAGAAUGGAUGCACCUGUUAUCUGGGGAGGUCAUUCUAUGUGUCUAGGCGAUAUAUGGAAAGCUUGUGAGAUUAUAGAGAAGCAAGAAGAUACUGUUUUGCAGUACAUCACAACUCAUACCACUGACGCUGAUCGGUAUAAAACCGUAGCUACCAUAGAUCGUCGACUAGAAGACCGCGACGGGACUCCUGGGCAGCAGUGGAAACAUCUUCUUCGUAUUAAGAACAUGCGUCAAGAGGAUCACAGGGGUAUAGAUACUGCUUUACCAGCCCUCGAAUUGGCUAGACAAGCGCAAGCUACUGAUGCACGAGAUAAGGUUUAUGGAAUUCUUGCCAUUCCUUGCGUGAAAGGACUCACAAACGUAUCACCAAAUUACCGAAUCGAGCUUCCCGAGAUAUUCACCAAUUUUACACGUGAAAUGAUCUCAAAUAACGAACAUGGUUUGGAUAUUCUCAGACUAGUUCAUUCUCCAGUUGAUAAGGUUAUGCUAUCUUCAGCGCCUUCAACUAAUCCUCAUUGGAUGCGGAAAAUUAUAGGAGGUCGUUUUAUAGAGGUUGUAAAACCUUGUAUACAUAGUCUGGCUUCAUGGGUGGUGUGUUGGUCGUGUACAGCUGCUCCUGUCAUAUUUCUUCCCGGUAUGUACAAAGCAGAUCAUGGCUUCACACAUCCUACGCCACCAGUCUUCUCUCUUGAUAAUAUCAUUUCACUACAUGCCGUCUUCGUCGACUCGAUAGCUAGCCUCUCAGCAUUCAACGCCCACGAGGCCGAUGAAACGUACCCGAAGAAUUGCACCAAUGCAUCCUCUAUCCGCAAUGUAUAUGGUACCAUCGACGGCCUCAAAGAGGCUUUUUGGAGGACUAUUUUAGCUGAUACCACGCCUAACGGAGAAAAGCCUCCUCCAUCAUGGGCCGUUCUUCGCUUACCACGUCUAUGGUCGGUAUUUGGCACAUCAGAAGGUGGAGGUUCAGGUCUAGAAUUCAGUCUUCACGGUUUCGCGGAACGUAACAAGGAACUCAUUAUUUGUGGCACGCGUUUAGGAGAUCUUACAGCUGAUGCUAAAACGAUAAAAGAAAGAAAGGUUUAUCGGAAUGAAGAAAGAGGCACAAGUAGUGAUGACAUGCGAGAUUCUUCAUCGUGGGCCGCUAACAUCCUUGCGUGGAGGAGAUUGAUUGGAACCAAAAAUGGUAGGAUCGGUCUUACGGUUGCAGCUGCUAGGGUAGGGGAUUCAAUUGUGGUAUUGCCGGGAUGUAGUGUUCCUGUUGUUUUGAGAAGAGAUGGGACGGGCUGGAGACUUGUAGGUGAGUGUUUUGUUUACGGGUUGAUGAAUGGAGAAGCUGCAGAUUUGGUAGGAGGUGGAAGAAUACCAAUUGAAGAGAUACAACUUCAUUGACAGAAUAAUUAUCAGAGUCGGAUGGAGGUAGGGUACCCCUGGACUUUUCCGUGGUAUUCCCCAAAGAAGGGAAAUAAUUUAAAGACGGGGGCAUCAUCCUGACCACUUAUCAGGGUCACAUCUCUCACAAAAGCUAUCAUUGGAUUAAUUCUUUAAGAGACCGGAGGCCAAAUUGCGUAGUGUUCGGCCUAGAAUUUAUAGUAAAACAACGCCGGGUUUU